UCUGGAAAUAAUACACUCAUAGUCGUCCUCCGUUGUAGUAACGGCACAUAGCGACCAAGUUGUUGGAGAAGCCACGGUAAUUCACAUAAAGUAACACAGAUAAUGUCUAACAUGCACUCUAAAUGCCAUGCAUUGACUUUUUUCAGGUUACUAUUGUCUAAUAGUGUAAACUAUAAGGCAGUGCAAAGAUUUAAUCAGAGUGACAAGCCACGAUUUUGAUAGUUAGCUAGUUAGCCAUUUCAAGACUGUGGUUUGUUUCAUAAACAGUGCAGAUACUUUAUUUGAGCAAUGCUGAAAACUUGCACAACCAUGAACCAAAAGACAACAUCACCAGAGUCAGGGGACAACUCGAAGCUGUCGGGACAUGGAAGUGAUGCUUUGAACCUGCCCUCUCCCUCAGGCGAAGUAGAGCUGAAAGUUGCCAUCCAGGGUCUUGAGACCGAGACAAACAACGUGAAACAGCUUCUAUACGAGUUCAAAGGACUUUACGAGCAGAGGUUGAGAUUUCUUGAGUUGGACAACACUUUAACCAGAGAGGAACUGAUGCAGAAGAAAGUGAAUUUCCUGUGGUCUUAUGUGAAUGACCUCGCAGAACAGAACCAGGUGCUGGUUCAGACCAUUGAGGAUCUACAGAAGGAAGCUGACCACAAGGUUUCCAAUUGGGGAAUGAAGCUACGCACUUCUGAUCGUAUUUUGGAUGUGUCUGAGGUUGAUCUGAGGACUUUGUUGCUGGAUGAGCUUGUUGGACCUGAGGCUCACAUCCCACACAGUACUGGGUCCUUGGCCCAGAAUGCAUCUGAGUUAGAAGACCUGAAAAUCCAGUUGCAAACCAAAGAUAUGGUCAUCUCUUAUCUGGAGAGGAAGCACAGAGAGAAUUUCCAGCAAAAGAAAAAGACUGCAACGCAGCCGCUGGGAAGUAGUGAGAGGCUGGUGCACCUUCAGAGCGAGCUCUCCUGUCUGCAGCGGAUCCAGAAAGACAACAUUAAGGAGAUUGCUGAGAAAGACAUCUGCAUCACCAAACUGCAAGCUAACAUUCAGCUGCUGCAACAAGAGGGGGCCGACACACAUGCUCAGCUCUCCAAGCUGAGUGUGAGAGUGAGGGAGGUUCAGGAGGAGUUGAAGAGAAAAGAGGAGGAAUGGAAACAAAGAGAAGAUGAACGGAGGCUCAAACAUGAAAAGGAGCGUCAAAAAGCAGAGGAGAGGAGAGGGCAGGAGCAACAAAAGAGAGAGGAGGAGUGGGUGAAGAAAGUGGAGGAGGAGAAGAAGAGGGAGGAAGAGUGGAGGAGGGUGAUUGAGGAGGAGAGAAAGGCCCAUGAUCAAGCCAUUAAAAGGUGGGCUGAGAAGGCAGCUAUUUUGAAUUCUGAGCUGAAGGUCAGCAGGAAGCAGGUGGAGCGACAGAACAGGGAGCUGUCAGAAUUUCACCAGAAGGAGGGGACACUUCUCUCUGAGUCCGAGGCCAAAAUGGAGUCUAUGAGGGGCGAGCUCAGCACCUUAUUUGAUAGGAGGAUGGCGGAGAAAGAGGCGAGGAUGAACCAACUAACUGAAGAGCUGAAUGCAGCGAGACAACAGAUGAAAGAGAGAGAGGAGCAUGUAAGGCAUCUGGACCAGGAUGCGGUUGGUUUGCGAGCCACACAGGACUCUCUGAAGAGAACCUUGGCUAUAAAGGAGAAACACACACAACAGCUGGUCCAAGACAACACACAGCUCAAGGAAAGCCUGGCUUCACUGCAGAGCAAAUUACAAACCAGCCUGAACACGGAAAGACAACAGAGGCAGCAGAUCCAGGAUCAGCUGCACCAUGCCAACAAAGAGAUGGAGCGUCUGCAGUUGGAACUGACACAUGUGCGUCGCACCACUGAAAAGAAGAUUCAGAAGAGGGAGAUUAAGAUGUGCGCACUGGUGAAGGAGCUCACAGAGAUUAAGAAGCAGCACUCUGAAUGUCAGAAAGAGUUGCUCCGAAGAGAGGAGGCUUUGGAGAAACAGUGCGAGGAGAGGGAUGAGCUGAGAGCCAAGAUGGAGGACCGGAGCAGAGAGUUUGUCCACCUCAACCAGACCAAAGAGAGACUGGAGGCUGACUUGGCUGUGAGCCAUGAGAAACUCCACACCUCGCACCUGGAGGUUCGAAGCAGAGAUCAGUUCAUUCUGCAGUUAAGAGCUGAAAUGAAGACAGCUGAACAAAAGCAUCAAAGGACACAGGAACAGGUGGCAGCACUGGAGGGUGAUGUAAGAUAUUUGAAACAUAAGGUCAGAGGACACCAGGAAGAGGCCUGUCACUUAAGCGAAAAGGUUAGAGAUAUCGAACACCUUAAAGACCAGAAGGAGAAAGAACGACAGCAGCUACAUGAUCAGCUCUGUAUUAGUCAGCAACAGGUCGAGACAUUUGAAGGGAAGCUAAAGAAGCAGGAGGUUGAGACAGAGCUUCUUCAUCAGCAGCUUAUAGGAGCCAAGGAGGAACUGAAAGAUGCCAGUUUGCAAGCCCAGGAGCAGAAAGAAACUGUAGCAAUUUUUAAACAAAAGUACACAGCAGCACUAGAGAAAGUGCAUAGGGUGCAAGGGCAGGUUGAACUUUUGGAAGAGGAACUACAGUAUUCACAGCAACAGCUAAGAGAGUCCCAAUUAGCAACUCAUUCGGUGAAGGAAGAGCUAGCUGAGAUGGUGCAGCGGUACCGGGAAAAGGUUGGCCAAUGGGAGAGCUCACUGGAGGCUCUUGACCAGUUGACGGAUGAGCUCCAGGCCAAUCAGAAUCUACUGAGGGAGAGUCAGCAAAAAGUGGACCAUCUUAAAUGCCUGAUAGGAUCCCUGCAGGAGCAGGUGGACACACUCAAACAGCAGAAACUAAUGUUGGAGUGUGACCUACAGCUAUAUCAACAGAGUCAUUCUCAUUCUGACGAGGAGUAUCUCUGCCUGCUAAGACACAGACAGCAGCUACAGAAGCGCUGUACUGAGCAGGUUGACCGCCUUGCAGAGUGUGAAAAGGCUAUUCUUCAGAUGAAGUCAGGGCUGGAGAGACAAACUCAGGAAAAAGUGGGUCUGAAGCAAAGUCUUGUUGCAUCCCACCAUACACACAUAAGCAAUUGCAGCCAGCUGGAACAGGAAGUGAUGCGUCUGAAAAAGGAAGUUACACGCUUAGAGCUUGAGCUGGCGGACACCCAAAAGGUACAUGUGGCACUUCUCAGACAGACAGAGGAAGAGCUGAAGGAGGCCAGACGAGAGGCAGUGAGGAGGGGCAGCGAGGUGGAUGUACAGAGAGGAGAGGUGCAGAGACUUCAGGAGGAGUUACAGAAGGAGGAGGAGAAGAUGAAGCGUGCCAUCAGAGAAAAACAGAGUCUGAGCGGUCACAUCAGGCAGUUGAGCCAAGAGCUGGAGGAGCUAUGCAGCAAGCACCAAGUGACAGUGGAGGAGUUGGCAGCCCGUGCAGAGGAGGCGAGGCGGAUGGAGGGGUGCCUGAAUGAGGGAAAGCUAGCCGAGGAGAAAAUAAGGUCAGUGGCUGUAAGGCUGGAGACGGAGGUGGCAGAGCUCAGAAGGGAUCUUCAGCAGGCUGUCGAUCACAAACUCAAGGCAGAGCGAGAGAAAAAGGAUGCACAGGACCAGGUGGACACACUCCGAUCUGACCUGGAGGGGACCCGGUCUGACAAUGCAAACCUUCGCCAUGAGAGCCAGCUGGUCAUGACUAAUGUCAACCGUUGGAUUACUGAACAAAAGGCUUCCAAUGAGAGCCUCACUGCCCAGAUGAAGGCCCAAAACAAGGUGCUGCUCAUCAUAACUGAAGAGAAAGAACAUCUUCAGGAGGCUAAUGACACAUUGAAGGCAGAGGUAAAGAGACUGAAAGAAGUGGCGGAUGAGAAGGAGAGAGACAUGGAACACUUCAAGGCCCAGAUCCGAGACCAGAGAAUCCGGCGAGACGAGAGAACCAUGGAAAAGCAGGGUUGUGUGGCUCUAAACCUCAGCAAAAUCGAAGACAUGCAGACCAGACUGCGAAGUAACCUGGAGGCCAUCAGAAUGCUAAAUCAACAAUUAAACACCCUCAGCAGGGAGAAUAAGCGGUUGCGUAGGCAGCUGGAGGAGGAGAGGUUCAUGCGUAGACAAGUGGAGCAACUGCUCCCUCCUCCUCCGACCUCCCAGGACUGCUCCUCCGUCCACCUCCCUGUCUCCCUCACUGCCCGGCCACCUCCUCCCUCCACCUCCCUACCCUCAUCCCUCCACCUCCCUCAUCCCCUGAGCCUGGACACAGUGACUGGGGACAUUGACGGGAUUCUAACCCAAACCAAGCUGAGCUAGAGAGACCAGGUGAGUCCCAGGCUUUGGUUGAAGCGUUCUGGGUGAGGCCGACUGCCUCUGCUUCUCUGGAAGAUGCUUGGUCUGGGAGGACAAGGAGGGAUCUGACAAAAUGAAACCCCCUGAAGACUUUGACCUGUCAUGACUUUUUGACCUCCAGCUCCUCACCAGGGAGUGUACUCAGUAUGAGGUUCAUGUCCUGCAGGUCAAAGUCAAGUCCCGGGGUGCUUUUUGCCUGAGGGGGGCUCCAGAACCAGUGAAUGAUGGAAUUUCCUCAAAUCGUCAAAAAUCAACUAAAAAUAUCUCUACUACUAUGCCAUGAAGACAUUUAUUCCAAGAACAUAUUCACAUCUUUCAUAGAUUUACAAAUCUAACCAUUUUAACGUUUAAAAAAGCAAUUGAUUGCAUCCUCAAAAUGUUGCAAUGCUCUGAGCAGUGGUAGCUUAUAACAUUAGCAGUUACUUCUCCAAAUGAUGAUCUUGUUUUGCAACAAAACUGUAGCACUAAAAUAUGUUUUUUUAAAUUGUGUCUGCACUUAUUUGAAAAUUCUGACGACAGUUCUGAUGAACUAUAAUCAAUUGAAUUCAACUUAAAUAAGCAAAUGAACUAAACAGAACAAGUGACUAACUGCAAACACUUUAGUGAAGAGAGUGAAGAGUCUUGCUUUGGAUAAAUGAGGGACGGCACAUCAUCAGUAUCCAUAGGCAUACCUCAGAUGUUGAUGUGAAUGGCUGUAACACAGUCUCUGAUUACGCUGCAGCUGUGCGCCAUGUGUCCUGCAUCUACUGUGGCGAAUGUGGCCGUGUGACUUUAUGUGUGAGUACAUUAUGUCUCUGUGUGCUCCUGUCUCUCCGUAAGUGCCUGUGGGUGAGUGUAUGCUUGUGUGUGACUGAGUACAUUAGAUGUUUAUUAUUGUAGAUGUUGUUUUUAUAUUUUGUUUUAUACUUGAAGAACUAUUUAUUGAUUUUUCUCCGUUUCUGUGUUUGAGCCCCCCUUUGUUGUAAAGACGGAAAAAUAAAAACAGAUACAUUUGUAA